CAAACAAACAAAAUAGUACAUACACAUUACAAACUCAAACUUCAUUUGGAGAUCAGUUUAUUCAUCCAUGGAAUCCUCCACCACCACAAUUCUUCAACUCUCUCAUCAGUUCUCUUUUUUACCUCCAAAACUCCGCAGAAGAAGAGGAAGAAGCAUAAUGGAUUCUUCUCCAUUUAGGCCAUGGAAGCAGAUGAUUUCGCAACCCACUCGUUUCUACUGUCAAAAGAUGUAUGUCCCUGGGUUUGGAGAAGCAUCACCAGAAGCAAAGGGAGCCAAGAACCUCCACAAUUUCUUCACUUACAUUGCAGUUAGGAUUGUUACUGCCCAGCUUCAGAGUUAUAAUCCUGAGGCAUAUGAAGAGUUGAUGGAGUUUUUGGGUACUCACUCAUUGAAUGAUGGAGACAAGUUUUGUGCAGAUUUGAUGAGGGAAUCUUUGCGGCAUAAAAGUUUAGCUUUGCGCAUAUUAGAGGUUAGAUCAGCAUAUUGCAAGAAUGAUUUUGAGUGGGACAACUUAAAGCGGUUAGCUUCUAAGAUGGUUGAUGAAUCUAACACAAGAAUCAUGAGGGAUUAUGUUUUGGAACAUGUGGAAAGAGAUAAAUGAUCUCUCUCUCUCUGUCUCUCUCAAAAUGUAUUUAAUAAAUAGAACUGAUAAUGGGUUGUAGAAAAUUUAUAAAUUAAAAAUAACUUGUUUCAACUAAUUAAGAGGUCAUGGCAUACAAAUCCUCGUGUAAUAACUUGUUACCAAUACGUAUAGGCUAAUACGAUUGUGAAAUCGGGUUAUAAUGAAA